AUCAGUCCCGUGUUGACCGACUUUCGGCUGGUGCAGAGAAGGCAAUGGAAUUAUAAGUUUUGUAGAAGAUAGCUUGCGGGGGAAACGUAAGGAGUAUAGCCAUAUUUCAUCUCAUUUUGGAAAAGUUUUUACUGUUGCAUUUAUUUGAUUUAUUAUGUAAAAUUAAUUAUGUCUGCGUUAAGUAUCGAAUGGAGCAAAAUUAUUAGACCGAAAGACAAAAAAAGUCUGCGAAACAGUCACAAUAAUAAAAAUUAAAGCUCAGCUGAUCAUAUCAGUAUCAGCAUUUUCGUUGUUUUAUGGCAAAUUAUGGUUUGCCUUUAUCGGAGUUGCUGAUCUUCCAAUUAAUUCAACAUAGUUAUUAACCCUUAUUCUUAUUUCUCUGGACGAUUUACUGUCUUAAGCCUCAAUGAUACAUCUAAAUUAUAAAAUAUAGAUACUUUAUUAUUAUUGACUUUAGACUAAUAAAUAUAUCUACUAAGUCUUAGUCAUAGUCUAAGCCAGCCUAAUUUUAAUUUUAAAUGUAUUAAUAAUAAAUAGUAUAAGUUAGUAAAAGUAAGUAUAGUUACAGAUAUUAUUAUUAUGAUAGUAAUAUAGAGGCUUUGGACUAUGUAUAUAAUUAUUACAGGCUACCUAUUUGAAUGUUACUAGUUAUUUAUCAGACUAUGCUAGGGCCAGGGCUAAUAAAAAAAAAGUAAUAUGACCUUAUACUUAUCCUAUACUACACCAUAUCUACUAUAGUCUGGUCCUGAGCUAAUAGUAAAAACCAGUAAUCUCUUAUAUUUAUUAAUACAAAGUGUCGACACGUCCGGCGCGCCGGACAAAUAGUGUGGGAGAUAUAUGUCCGGCUGGCAUGUCACGUGACCGCCGGACGACUGGAAGGCUCACUAUCACCCUCACUAUUAUUUUUUUAGCAUUUGUAUUUUUUAUUAUCGUAAUUCUCUCUCCCUCUCAGCAUUGCUACCCUCUAGCCUCUAGAAUGCAUUAUUGCUUAACUCCCACUUUGUUUUGUUAAUAUAACCAAGUAUUUUGUUCUAUUAUUUGUUUGCAAGGUACUCAGUACAUUACUUGGUAGAGAAAUAGAUUUUAAAAUUAACAAUAAUUUUGAAUCAUUCGCGGUCACGUGACAAGUCUGACCGACAAAAAUCUUGCGUUAUAUAGUUAUAUUAAUCAUUAAAGACUGUCAGUAAGCUUUUUUUUUUGAAGGCCGGCAGGUAGGGUGUAGGACUAUUAUGUAGAACUAAUGUUGAAAGGCUGGUAUAUAGUAUAGAAAAUGACAAGGUAACUCAGUGUGACAAAACUGCACUUGGUUAAGCCCUAGUAGUAAUUAAUUGAUGAUAACAAUGCUGUGUGUAGGUACUUGGACAAUAUUUUUAAAAUGAAGCGACAAUGUACAGCUUUAAGAACUAGUUAUUUAAAUAGGGCUUGUACAAAACAAUUGAUACCAUAUUAAUGGUUGUAGUUCAAUUCUAAAAAAAGUUAUGCUUUUUUUCAUGAAUCAUUUUGGGAUAAGUCUGUUAAUUGAGACAUACAUAUAUGAGAAAUUAUAAAAAUGACUUUUAAUACAAUGAGCAGAGACUUUUUGAGAGAGCUGCCACUCUUGGUGAUAGGCUUUUUCCUAUUUUCAAGCUUUAAUGAAAAUUAACAAUGGUAUCCAGGGAGAAAAUAUUGUCUUGAAACUGUAAUGAAGUUUUUUUUGUAGGGUGGCCGUGGGGGGAAAUGUAUUUGCCCUUCCUUGUAGUUGUAGAUAAUUGGUUGCCUAAAACGGUGGUGGUAAUGAAAAUCACGACUGGUGAAGAAUGUACAAGAAAAUGAAAUUGUAGACUUUCUCAAUUCAAUUUGAUAUAUUUUUCCACAAAUAGUCAUGAUAAAAAAUCAGAAAAAAACAGUUUGUUUAGCAUCCAAUUCUCUUUAAAAUGCUAAAUCUCACAACCAGUUUAACAACCAUAUGACGGCAAACCACAUUUUUUCCCAACACGCAUGCAAUUUUUUUUUCAUUUUCAGUGGACAAAAAGUUGAACCAAGGGCAUGUAACUCUGCAGAUAAUUUAUCCAAGUAUCUAAUGUUUGCUAGAGCCGAGGGUUAAAUUAAAAUUUUGUGAAAUUUGUUUUAGGCCUACUUAUUAAAAUACUGAAGUUAUUAAUAUUAUUAAAGAAGUCACUCUAAGUAUGAUUAAUUAAGUGCUUAGUUUAGGUUAGCCAAUGCAACUAAAAAUAUACUGUAAAAACUGUAGUCAUAACAUGCAAUUUCUAAAAUAAAAUUUUCGGCUAUCUGCUCAUCUUCAAAUUUGUAAAUAACAAAAUUAAGUACUCUGAUGAGCUUUGUUACUUUCUCUACUUUCCUAUUUUUAAGGCAUCAGUAAACAUAUUCCUCCCCCCCCCCCAAUAUAUAGUUAAAAGAGAAAAGCAUUAUUCAUAUACACAUUUAAAAUGGCAACAAAAACAGGCAUAACAUGUAACAGAAAUAAAACAAUUGUUAUUGUAUUUGUAUGUCAAGUGUGCAAACGUGAACAGAGGAGUUGGGUGGGGGGUGUCAGAUAAGUAGAUUUAGUUGAAAUAUGACACUUUUUUUUAUAUGAAUGGCCAUAAUUCUUGGUUUGUUUUAUUUAUGUUUAAUGGGAUCAGCAAACAUAAUUCCGGUAAUUUGUAAUUUGAUAAAUCUAUUGAGGCCAGUGGCUAGGGUUGCCAGAUAAGUAAAUUGAAUGAUGACUAAUUAAUCUGCCUUACUACAUCAGCUUCCAGUAGUCCAUUAUAUCAAUAUGUAUUCUAGUUUGGAAGUGUUUGUUAAUUAGUUGUGAGAAAUAUAAUUAAAAAUUUCUUAUUUUAAUCACAAUUGCAGAGCUAACAUUUGGGUUAGGGAAGUAAAUUUAUAAUCCUUACUCAACAUAAGUGUACAGUAUAUUUGAAAACAAUCACAGAAACAAUCUGUGUGAAAUUUAAUCUGCGCAUCUGAAGUUAUUGUACUUGUUCUUCUUUUUCUAUAUUUAGUUUAAUAUUUAUCAUAAUUUUGUCACUAAAAAUACUAUGAAUUAAAAUAUGUCUCUUUGAUUUGAACAAUUAUUUUUUCAGAAGCAAGAAACUGUCAUCAGCCAUGGUUGUGUAUACAUGCCAUUGUCUAAAUGUCCAGGUUUUUGCAGAAAAAUCAAAUGAAGCUUUGGCCAAAAAUGGUGAGCUAUAUUACUAAUAAUAAAGUUCAUUUCAAAAACACGCUUCAUUCCUGUUUAAGGAUCGAAGCGGGGUACAAAGUCAACCAUAUAUAACAAUUUAUAUUUUUUCAAAUUAAAAUUACUAAUGGCAACAAUACAAAAUUUACAUACAAACAUACCCAGUCGAAGUCUUUCAUCACAGCAAUGGACUAUACAAACCAAUAUACAUCUAGGAUAUAUGAGCAAGCUGGAAACAUGGCGGUAGACGACAUCAUUUCAGCAUGUGAGUGCGAAAAGGAUGGGUUUUCAACUCAGUUUUGAAAGACUGCAGUGUCUGGCUGUUUCUGAAAGCGACAGGAAGGGCGUUCCAGAUUCUUGGGCCAGCAAAGGCGAAAGUGCGCCUUCCGUAGGUUUCAAGGCGAAAUCAUGGUAUCCAGAGUUUGCCACUAUCGGAUGAAUGGGGUGAUUUAGUGGGUACGUAAGGCAUCAAGAAAACUUUGAGAUAGGAUGGUGCCAGGUCAUGCCAGCAGCGGUAGCACAGACUUGCAAUUUUGUACUCAGUGAGCAUGGACCGGCAGCAAAUGCAGCUCUCUCAGAAGUAAUUCUGUGCUUUUUGAAUUUUAUCCUGGAGCGGAGCUGGAAGACCCACCAUGAGAGCAUGCGUGAUAGGAUGAAUGCACACAUGAGUCUCUUUGAUGCAUCAAAUGUUAAAAAAGGUCUGAUAUGACUAAUUCUGCACAGCUCUAGAAAAAUCGUCUUGCCAAGCAUGUUAAUGUGAUUUUUCCAUAGUGUUCUGUCUAGGUAGACACCCAGGUUUCGCACUGUUUGAGCAAACUCAAUCCGCACACCUGAGAGAGUAAGGGUUGGUGUGUUAUUUACAGAUUUUUGCUUUUGAGGGGUAGCGAUGGAGACCAGCUCAGUCUUGUCGUUUUUCAGUUUGAGUUUGUUUAUGGUCAUCCAGUGCUUAACCGACUCCACUGUUAUCUGUGUAGUACUAAGAAGCUGAGGGAACUGAGAGGGGAUCACAGACUGCUGAAGUUGUGUAUCAUCUGCGAUCAUGUGAUAUAGCAUGUCAAACUGCUUUAUCACUGCACCCAAGGGCUGAAUGUACAUAGUGGAAAAACACCGGGCCUAGGACCGAGUCCUGGGGUACUCUGAAUUCGAUAAUAGAUUGCUUUGAUAUUAUUGUUUUUCUCAAGAAAUGUAUUUAAUACAUAGUUCUAAAAGCUAUUGAAUUAUUUUAUUACUUUAUUAUUAAUGAAAAUAUUUUUUUCAGAUGCUUUGGUAAAGUGCCCCCUAUGGCCAUCUUGUGAAGUUGUAGAGUUGAUUGAUCAAGGUUUUCAGUUUGUGAGUAUAAGGAACAUACUGUUACAAAUUCUUGGCUAAAUUUUGUAAUUAUUUAAAUCCACACAUUUGUUAAUAAAUUUAAUUAACCUUAACUGAAAAAUGAGCUUCAUGUUUGACAUAUUUUUCAGUUUGCAUCAGGCAAAGGCAAUUUACCAAUCACAUCAUAAUAAGGAUUGGUUGUAUAGUUGUAUUGAUACUUUCUCAUCUGAUGUUCAGACAUAAAUAAUAAACGAUGUGAAUAGAUUUUUUUAGCCUACUCUUGUUAGGGGAUAUGUUUGCACAAAAUAAUCUAUUCAUUAAAAAAUAAAAUUUAAUGCCAUCAAACAACUAACUUUAUGCAUCAUCAAUAUUUAGAAUUUCAUAUUUGAAUUGUAUUUUUUACCGGUUGUCUUUGCAACAAAGCAUUUGAUGAAAAAUGGAUGAAUUCUGAAUUAGGUCAAUGUUUUCUUUCCUCCACAUUGGAAGUAUAGAAAAUAAUUUCCUUCCAAUGCUUUUCUGCAGAGUCACAAGUGUCUUGUGCAACGUUUGCGAGAUGGAGAGUGGACUGUUUAUGUUUGCGUCCCCUGCCACCUUCGUACCCAUGCAGUAAACCAUGAUUCCAGACUUGUUGUCAUCAGUUUACAAAUGGAGGUAAGGAGACGUAUUUAAAUCGCAUAUAUUCCUUUAAUUGACCAAUUGGCUGUCUAUUUUAUAUGUUAAAUCAUCGUGCAGUUUAAAUUAGUAAUUAAUGAAAGGCUCAUAUGGACCCUGCGUCUGGAAUAUAAUAAAUCAAAUGAAGCCUCUAAACAUGCCUCGUACAUUCCAAAAGCUUUUUUUUUUUCAAGUUUAAUGUUUUGAUUGAGCUAAAUUGUAGUGUUUUAUCUGUGUAUAUAGGCAAGUAUAUUCUAUGUCCAUGUUAUAAUACUACUUUUGUGUUGUGUUGAAAAUAAACUAUUUAAUAAAAAUACUACUAAACCUAUUUAUUAAAUUUUCAAUUGAUAUUUGACUAAAAGCUUGUUAGUAUUUUAAAUUUUAGUUGAUAAUCUUCUGUUCCUGUUAUAUAAAAAGAGUAAAUGGGAGGCAUCUAAGUGCAAGUGAUAAUAAUUUCUUUCAAGAAAGGUGAAGAAGCUCUGAAGGCCCUGAAAAUCCAUGCUGACUAUUCACCAGUGUUUAACUUGGUGCUCCGGUCAAGUGAGGGCAAACUCAGAGAUGAUGGUUUGUGAUAAGAUUACUUAUAUAUACACUUGUUGACUCUGCCAGGGUGAUAUGUGAAUGUUUACAUAAGAGAUAGUGGCCGACUGUUACAAUGAGGGCAGGAAACAGCAUACAUGAGUGAUAGCACUCAAAUAAGUUGAUGAUAAUAUGCUUGGAUCUGUGUUGAUUUUACCGAGACUCUGUUGGCUAUUAUAAUAUCAAUGAGAAAUUAAACACACAAAUAUUAUUUACAAGCAUUAAGAUUUUUCAGAGAUUGACUGUGACAGUAAUUGAAGUGAAAAUUACUCUGAUAAUUUAUAUAUGUCAUUCUGCUAUAUAACAACCACAAAUAUAUUUUUCAUGAUUUCCUUUAAAGCGCUGAACACCCUUAAAUUGAAGCUAUUAUAUUUUAUGAGUUGAGUUGUCGUUUGUUUUUGUUUUUUUACGUAAUCAUGUUAAAAUCAAAUUCUUUAGAGUUUAUUCGAAACCAAUACUUCUUGUAGACACUAUGCGAUUAGUAAAAAAUUUCUUAAGUUUUUAUGUUAACUAAAUCUUGAUUCUUUAAUCUAGGAGUCAUCACACCUCAGACUCAUGAAACCCUGCAAAAACAGCUUGGGGAUUUGCAUGAUGUCCUGGUCAAGUAUCUGAAGGAAGAAGAAGAGGCUAUGGAAAGACGAAUCAGGUGACUUUCACAGCAUAGUUUUUAUUAUUCAUGAAAUCUAUAAUGUAUGUUCUGUCUGACAUUAGAUGUAUAACUGGCUUUUUAGAGUUGUACGUAUAUAUCUGCUUAUGUUAUUCAUUCGUGUAAUAUAAGUACGUGAUGUAUUCUCAGGACAUAUGAAGAAGACCAAAGAAACAAUUUUGCCAGGCUGAAAGAAGAUGCUCAGAGCGAGAAGGCAAAACUGAUAAGGUAUAGAGGAGCACUCUCCUUAACUAAAAAACCACUUUGAUUUAUAUCUUCUUCAAAUGACUUGAACCAUAUUUCAAUUUAAACCACCUUUGUACUGUUAUAAUUUAAAUAUUUGUGUUUCAAACCUUUUGUUCUAUUGUUGCUAGUGUUCUGUUUCACAACUCUGAGGGCAGCAAUCACCUUAACAGCCAAGACCGUAGCAGCGUCCGUGGACAUGGUAGGGUUUAUAAAGUUUUGGAUUUUUUUCCCUCUUAGUGUAGCUGGGAAGUCCUUUUCGGAAUGUUUGCCUCCACUUUCAUAUCAGAGAGGCAUAACUUACGUUUCAGAUAUUGUGAAAAUUGCUAUGGACUGCUUAUACUGUGUAACUGCUUAGAGAUUUGUUCAUGAUUAACUUGUAUAACAGCUGUUUACAUGUUAAGUCUAUUUAUUAAUUUGAUUGAUUUUCUGAGCAGUAAUGUACAAUUCAUGUAAAUGAAUAAUUUCCUAAUAUUUUUUUUAUUUUACAAAUUUUUCUUUUAAGAGUCAAAUUUUUUAGCCAAGUAAUUGUCAUGAUAGUAUAGAUGUCCACAAAUUUUGACUAAUAUUUAACCAAAUUAUGGUUGGAUUAACUGUAAAUAAAUUUCACUCUUGAAUAUGAUUUGUUUUAUUUUAAAAUUACAACUUUUUAAUUUUGUAUUUGUUUUUCAGUCAUGUAAGGCUUACGAAAUUGGUCCAUAUUAUUGUUUUUAAAUCAAAUUAUGGAUGUCCAUAGACUAUAACAGGGUCUUAUUUCAAAAUAAUUGUUGAAUUUUUAAAAUCUAAUUGAAAUUUGUAAUUUCUUCUUUUCAGUUCAACUUAUUCAGUCUAAAAGUGCCAACGAGUAUGGAGGAAAAGAAGUUUUGAGUCGCACAGCUAAAGGGAUUAGAAACCGGAGGCUGAGGGACUCAAGUCCUGAUGGUAGGAAUCAUUUUAACAUAGCUGAAUCUAACACUGGCUCUCAAACUAUGCCUAUAAGAAAUAAUGUAUGCUGUAGGAAUUUGUGGCUAAACUCACUUUAUGGUUAGAAUCAUUGAUUCAUUAAAAAAAUAUGUGAAUCCAUAUGGAAAUACAUUGCACCUUUUAAAAAAAAUUAGAUGGCGUCUGAAAUUUUAAAAAAAUUUUCAUGUGUUUCUUACCUUGUAUUUGCACUAACAAAAUUGCGAAAGCUCCUAAGAAAAAGGCCUGAUUCUGAAUAUUCAUACAUUUUGUCUGCUCUUGUGUUUAAAACUAAUUUGCAUUUUUACUAACACAUUUGCAGUUACCUUGAAAUAUGAAUGUUGUGUUUUACAAACUCAAAAUAAUCUGUUACUCGUAUUAUGGUUACUAUUUUGUAUUCUAAUUCAGUCUUUGCUAUGGAUGAGUUGGAGAUUGAAGAGGAUGAUGAUGAUGCUGUGCUUCGAUCUGGUGAGUAGUUUCUAUAACCGCUCAAACUUAAUUGAACCGUCUUUACACUGUCAUGAUUAAUCUUCUAAUGUGACCAUGAAAUGGUGUGUAAGGAUUUAAGAGAAUAUUACAUAAUAUUCCUAAGAUCAUGACCAGCUUCAUGGCAACAGGAACAACUCUAAUGUGGAACAAUCUGGUCGUACUCGCAAUGCACACCUUGAAUCCACUGAUGAGUAUGGGAAUGACAAAUUGCCAUUGAUGUCCACCUCUGUGCCCAUCUCCAUGCCAGCCCAAGCCAGGAACAUUAGGAACCUGUCAUAUCUAGAUGAUGAUAUUGAGGUGAGUGUAUGUCAAUACUCUGGCUUAAGGGACUAUGGUCCUGAUGUGACGUUUGAUUUUAUAGCAAUAUCUAAUUUAAUAUAAAUAGCCGGUACUUAUUAUUUUUUAAACUGAUGCUGGUAGGUUUGGGUUGUUUUUUUUUAAUUUUUAAAAAUUUUCUAUCCCAGGAGUCUGCCGAGUUUGCAGAUAUACCAAGACACAUGCAGGCGUUGUCAGAGAGCAUUCAAGAGCGUGAUCGAUACAUUUUUGGAGAUAGACCUCGUCAGCGGGUACACACUGGGGAUUUCACACAAGUUAACUGGCAUUGAAUUGAGGUGUCCAGCAAAAAACUGACUGACUUUGCUGAACGCUCUGGCAGAUACUUGACCCAUGAAAGAUUGCCUCUCAACAGAUGGCCUAUGUUUUUCAUUAUAAUUGUUGACAAAGUGCUGCUAUUCAGCUAUAAAAAUUGAUGCUGUUAAAUCAUCCAAGCCAUCAGGAUAGCUAGCUCUUCAUUAGCUUGGAGCUUAUUCAUGCAGAGCAAACCAAAGAGAUGAACUUGUUUUGAUUUAAUUUUUUUUAAAUUGAGCUUCUUUUUUUUCUUUCCUGAAAGUCAUUUUUUUAUGAGCUGGACUGUGUUGCUGGAUCCCUUGGUGCCUAACAUAAGUUGUUGAGUAUUGAAGAGAGUUAUUAUUUCUCAAUGCUAGAAUUUCCAAUGUGUUUUGAAGUCAAAAUUGACCACACCUCAGGAGAUCUGUCGACAGGAUCCUUGACGGUUCUGAUUCAUAUUGUUUGACUUCCAUUAAGUUGACAUCAGUUUUAGUCCUAGGAUAUGAUUUAAUUUUUAUUUAAACUUUUUGUGGUGAGUUAGGGUUGGGGCUAGGCUUGUGUUGGAAUGGACAGAGGAAAGCUUGUGUUUGAAUGGACAGAGGAAAGCUUGUGUUGGAAUGGACAGGAAAGCUUGUGUUGGAAUGGACAGAGGAAAGCAAGUGUUGGAAUGGACAGAUGAAAGCAAGUGUUGGAAUGGACAGAUGAAAGCAAGUGUUGGAAUGGACAGAUGAAAGCAAGUGUUGGAAUGGACAGAGGAAAGCAAGUGUUGGAAUGGACAGAUGAAAGCAAGUGUUGGAAUGGACAGAGGAAAGCAAGUGUUGGAAUGGACAGA